CAUUACUGCCAUCCGCGCAACUGAUCUCACCCUUGGUCUCCGAUGGAUUCCUGCUGGGUUCUAUGCGUUGGUCGAGGCUGACGGUGCUGAAUACCAGACAAGCAAUAAAUCUGCACACAUAGAUCAGGCUGUUGUCGAAUGGCACGAGCACAUUCUUCUGCCGCGCGAGCCAUCCUCUAAAGUUCGGGUUAGCGUGUAUGCAUCAUUUGAAAUGGGCCCCAUGCUCUGUCAUGGAGAACUCCUCCGCACAUUCGAGAUCUCCGUCGGAGAACUACUGGAUCGCAGCAAAAAAUUUCAUCCUAUAAUCUUUGAGCCAAAGGAGGAGGAAGUCGUAUCCGCCUGUACUUCACUGUUCAUGACAGUGGAGCAGCGACUGCCUGAUCAAAAUGAUACCGCAGGUCUAUGCCCCCUUACUACUGUUACAUCGGGCGAUAUGGAUUCAUUAGCAUUAGAAACUGAUGCCGGACAUCGUCUUCUCAUACAAUACCGCAGGACGCAGAACAGUGGGGAUCUCGACCAAUCCAUAAACCACUUUGAACGUGCAUUGGAUCUCUGUCCCAUGGACCAUCCCUACCGCCCCGCAGCACUCUUCAAUCUAGCCAGCGCAAAGUUUAUUAGUUGCCAAGCUAAUGGGAUAUGCCUCGACGUCGACAUUCCUAUCUCUUUUUUUCAACGUGCUCUUGAUUCGCGUCCCAUGGGUCAUCCAGACAGACCUACCACUCAACUCCACCUUGCUAUGUCUCUGCUCUCUCGCUUCGCGAAAUACGGCUUUCAAACAGAUGCAGACACAGCUGAAGAGUUACUGAGCGAAGUCCUCGAUGUCUGCCACUCCAACAGCCACAUUUACAGAGCAGCUUCAGUUACAAUUAAAACAUCUGCUCUGCGUUUUGCCGGAAACAUUAAUGCAAAUGAUUUUGAGUGGGAGCGGCGGGCAGCAUCUGUGCUUCCUCUAUCGCCCGAUCAACUGGUUGAUCGAGCAGAGUGGUGUUUGCAGAGAGAUGAACCCCAUGAAUUAGAUGAAGUGAUAUCUCUUCAUGUUGACGCACUGGGGUACUACAACACCAGGCAUGCUUGUCAAGCGCAGUUGCUAAGUAAUUUGGCGCUCAUGCUGGAAGCUCGCUUCCAGCACCCAGGGAACGACGAAGACUUGGAUGAUGCUAUCGCACUCAACAGGAAAGUGCUGGCCUGGCGCCCCGUCGGUCACCCAGAUCGGUCCACAUCAUUAAAUAACCUCGCGAUUCAUCUCUCCUCUCGUUUUGAACACCGAGGCAACGAUGAAGACUUAGAUGAGGCCAUCGCACUUGACAGGGAAGCACUCGCCUUGUGCCCCGUCGGUCACACAGAUCGGUCCACAUUAUUAAAUAACCUUGCGAUUGAUCUCUCCUCCCGCUUCAGGCACCAAGGCAAUGACGAAGACUUGGAUGAGGCUAUCGCACUUCACACGGAAGCGCUGUCCUUGCGCCCCGUCGGUCACACGGAUCGGUCCGCAUCAUUAAAUAACCUCGCGAUUGAUCUCUCCUCCCGCUUCAAGCACCGAGGCAACGAAGAAGACUUGGAUGAGGCUAUCGCACUUCAUACGGAAGCGCUGGCUUUGCACCCUGUCGGUCACACAGAUCGGUCCAUGUCGUUAAAUAACCUUGCGAAAGAACUCUCAUCCCGCUUUGAGCACCGGGGCAACGAAGAAGACUUGGAUCAGGCUAUCUCACUUCAUACGGAAGCGCUGGCUUUGCACCCCGUCGGUCACACAGAUCGGUCCAUGUCGUUAAAUAACCUCGCGAAAGAACUCUCCUCCCGCUUUGAACAUCGAGGCAACGAAGAAGACUUGGAUGAGGCUAUCGCACUUCAUACGGAAGCGCUGGCUUUGCGCCCUGUCGGUCACACAGAUCGGUCCAUGUCAUUAAAUAACCUCGCGAAAGAACUCUCCUCCCGCUUUGAGCACCAAGGCAACGAAGAAGACUUGGAUGAGGCUAUCGCACUUCAUACGGAAGCGCUGGCCUUGCGCCCCGUCGGUCACACGGAUCGGUCCGCAUCAUUAAAUAACCUCGCGAUUGAUCUCUCCUCCCGCUUCAAGCACCGAGGCAACGAAGAAGACUUGGAUGAGGCUAUCUCACUUCAUACGGAAGCGCUGGCUUUGCACCCUGUCGGUCACACAGAUCGGUCCAUGUCGUUAAAUAACCUUGCGAAAGAACUCUCAUCCCGCUUUGAGCACCAAGGCAACGAAGAAGACUUGGAUGAGGCUAUCGCACUUCAUACGGAAGCGCUGGCUUUGCACCCCGUCGGUCACACAGAUCGGUCCAUGUCAUUAAAUAACCUCGCGAAAGUACUCUCCUCCCGCUUUGAGCACCGGGGCAACGAAGAAGACUUGGAUAAGGCUAUCGCACUUCAUACGGAAGCGCUGGCCUUGCGCCCUGUCGGUCACACAUAUCGGUCCGCAUCAUUAAAUAACCUCGCGUUUCUUCUUUCUUCCCGCUUUGAGCACCGAGGCAACGAAGAAGACUUGGAUCAGGCUAUCGCACUUCAUACGGAAGCGCUGGUUUUGCACCCCGUCGGUCACACAGAUCGGUCCAUGUCAUUAAAUAACCUUGCGAAAGAACUCUCCUCCCGCUUUGAACAUCGAGGCAACGAAGAAGACUUGGAUGAGGCCAUCACACUUCAUACGGAAGCGCUGGCCUUGCGCCCCGUCGGUCACACAGAUCGGUCCAUGUCAAUGUGUAGCCUCGCAAGUUCACUCAUUUCCCGCUUUGAGCAUCGAGGUAACAGAGAAGACCUCGACGAGGCACGCGAGAACCUCCGUUGUGCAUUGAAUCUGCUGAGCCAACAUGAUCCUUAUCGACUAUUAGUCCAUGAAUCGCUAGCCAGUGUCUAUCUAUCAUACCAUCAUUCAGGGCUUGACGACAUUGGUGCGGGCGAAGAUACGGACAGCCUCGAUGUUGCUAUGCAUCACCUCAAGACAGCAGCAAAUGUUGUCUCUGGAGGCCCGCUAUCCCGCCUACAAAAAAGCUUCCGCUGGGUUCGCUAUGCUGAACAACACAGACAUAAUACUCAGUUGGAGGCGUAUGAGACUUCGAUGAAACUUAUGGACGCUUACAUGUCCACGACAGCUUCAGUAUCCUCUCGUCAUAGGGCCAUGAAGGACUUCCCACUGGCACUUGCCGUGGAUGCUGCAUCGUGUGCUCUUCGUAGCGGUGACGUGUGUCGUGCUGUUGAGUUGUUGGAGCAAGGCAGGACUGUCAUCUGGACCCAGAUGACACGACUCCGCAUGCCUCUUGACGGUCUCCAGACACGCGGUGAUCAUGCAGCGGCCCUCUUGAAGAGAUUCAGAGACCUUAGCUCCCUCCUCGAUAAACCUCCUGCGAGUCAACCAGACGCAACCUCAAGAGUCAACGUAGACGCAGAAGAAACCCGGUACAGACGUCUAGUGAAGGAGUGGAACAGCGCUGUAGAAGAGAUCCGGACGAUCGAAGGCUUCUCUCGCUUCCUCCUCCCCCCCUUAUUCUCCGAUCUUCAAGAAGCAGCUCGUGAAGGGCCUAUCAUCGUACUCAUUGGAAGCAAGUCGUCUUGCCAUGCCAUUAUCAUCCCACACAAGCAAACUCCGAUCAGCAUCCAACUCUCUACCAGCAUCGAGAAGCUCCAAAUAUUGGUGGACAAGCUCCAUCGCACAGAUAGUCCAGCGCUUAAAAAAGCCUUGACCGAGUUGUGGGAUGACGUCGUCCGCCCGGUGGUCGAGAAUCUGGACGGAAUUGCACCGCGAGGUUCUCGAAUAUGGUGGUGCCCGACAUCUGUCUUCAAUUUCUUGCCGUUGCACGCCGCUGGCGAGUACAGGAAACAAGGACGGUUCCUUUCACAUCUCUACAUCUCUUCAUACACGCCAUCGCUCACCGCGCUGAUCAAGGCUCGCAGAAGUCAUGACAGGUCCCCCUCGGUACCCUUCGUUGCCAUUGGUCAGGAUCACCCAGCCGGUGCCUCAUUCACCUUGGAUGCUGUGGAGCCUGAACUGGAAUUGGUACGGAGCCUUUUGCCUCCUCCCCCAACUAUUUCGUUUUCCAAGAUCACUAGUGUGGAUGCCACAAAAUCGAGAGCACUAUGCGCAUUGCGAGACAAUACUUGGCUUCAUCUUGCGUGUCACGGGACACAGAACAUUGCCGAACCCUUCAAAUCGGCCUUCCUUAUGCGCGACGAGCCACUUUCGCUCCUCGACAUCACACAAACAGAUCUGUCUCGGCAUCAAUUUGCGUUUCUUUCUGCCUGCGAAACCGCAGUAGGUGACCGCAAUACUCCUGAUGAAGUGAUACACCUAGCGGCUGGCCUGCAGUUUGCCGGGGUCAAGAGUGUCAUUGGAACAUUAUGGAAGGUCAAUGAUAGUACCGUGGAGCGCUUAGUCAAGGCGUUCUACAAAAACUUUUGCGGGGAUGGCACGAUGAACUCGAAACGAGCUGCCCGGGCGCUGCACCGAGCGGUCUAUUCGCUAGGUUCUGACCAAGACAUACCUUUGGACCAGCGCAUAUUGUUCGUGCAUAUUGGGAUAUGAUCGAUACCCAUCCAGUCAUGGCCACGCAAAACCUGUUGCCAAAGACUUCAAUAUUCCAGA